AAAGGUAAUUAUAAUAACUUAAAAAAUGAUCAUGAUGUUCUUUUUCUUUUCUUGCAGAAGUUCAACACUCCCUGGAAGAAGUUUUUCACCUCCAUGCCUGUUUAUGCCAUCAUCGUAGCCAAUUUCUGGACUUUCUACCUGUUGCUCAUCAGCCAGCCGGCUUAUUUCAAGGAGGUUUUUGGCUUUGAGAUAAGCAAGGUUGGUAUCCUCUCUGCUCUUCCUCACUUGGUAAUGACGAUAGUUGUUCCUAUUGGAGGGCAGUUGGCUGAUUAUUUACGCUCUCACAACAUCAUGAGCACCACCAAUGUACGCAAGCUGAUGAACUGUGGAGGAUUUGGUUUGGAGGCUACCUUCUUGUUGGUUGUUGGUUUUUCUCACUCUAAAGGAGUAGCCAUCUCUUUCCUUGUCCUUGCUGUGGGCUUCAGUGGCUUUGCCAUCUCAGGAUUUAAUGUGAAUCAUUUGGACAUUGCCCCCCGUUAUGCCAGCAUCCUAAUUGGCAUCUCUAAUGGGGUGGGUACUUUAUCAGGCAUGGUGUGUCCUGUAAUAGUGGGAGCCAUGACAAAACACAAGACACGAGAGGAGUGGCAGUAUGUGUUUCUCAUUGCUUCCUUGGUACAUUAUUGUGGUGUCAUCUUCUAUGGUAUUUUUGCGUCUGGAGAGAAGCAGGUUUGGGCCGAGCCAGAGAACACCAACGAAGAGAAGUGUGGAAUUCUGGGAGAGGAUGAGCUAGCCAAUGAGACUGUACAACUGUACAGAACAGGGGGUGGGGCCUAUGGGGCCACUGGACACUCAUGGGACCAGAAGGGAUUGGAUCUUAGAGGGGGCGGGGCCAGGGCCAGCUGUGCCCCCUAAUGAAAACAAACUGAGGAAUAUGUUCAACCUGAUGGAACAAACAGUUUCCUGUAUGGAGGAGAGGAAGGGAGAGAUCUAACAUAGAAAUAGAGAGACGGAGAGAGAGAGAGAAAGAGACAUAGAGAGAAAGAAAAAAAAAAAGAGACAGAUGUACACUACAUUUUUGUCUCAGGAGAA